AUGGUAUACGAAGUGGUAGAUUGUCUAGGGGUGCUGAAAGAGCAAGUAUCAGAAUCAUUUGAUAGAAUACGUAAAGCGCUUGAUUUACGAGAAAAAUUACUGCUUAGGCAACUUUCUGUUGUAGUACAGCAAUCCCACCAUAUCACAUUUCAGUUCGAUAAUAUCAAGUUCGUCGACAGUGGACAAGAAGAAGAACUCAUUAACAAAAUUCGAAGUUAUGGGAAGUAUAAUAUAGACAACUUUAACAUUAUUCUUAAAGACCAUUAUGAAAACGAGGAUUAUAUACAGCCUGUAAAUGAUCAUGACUUAAUGCACAAAAGCUGUCGACGGGGUGUAGGAGAUGAAGAACAUGAAAAUCCCGAAAGUGAGGAAAUUGUAGUGGAGUUUUUCAAUAACAAAGGACUUAUCAGAGAAGGAGCCGAUAUGGUACGAGAAUCGAUUAUUAAUCUUGCUUUGAGUGAGAGCAAAGAAUUGAUCGAGAAAAAAGUGUCAAGUGAAGCGAACCAAGAAUUGGAAGACGAUUUAGCGCGGAUAAAAAUUGAUUUGACAAACUUUCGUAAUCGCGACCGAAUGGUAACAGAGUCACUUUUACCGCAACGCACUGACGCGGUUUUUACUAACGAGGCAGUUGCUGAUGCUAGCAAUAAUAAUAACUUUUUUUCCAAGAGAAAGGAGACGGUUGGAAUUGAACCUACUAAAAUUGUUCAGCUACAAGCAAAACAUACAAAAGCAUCACAAACUGAGCUUAAUAAAACUAAUAAAUCUGUCAAUUGCAGGGUCUUGCCUCGCAUUAGUGAUUUCGAUAAUAGCAGUUUAACUGUUAAUGAAAAGGACAAUGCAGAAACAUUGGAAAAUGUAAAUAUUUUAACUAUGAACCACUACAAUGGCACAAUCAAUCUUAAAAACGUAACGAACUUAACAAUAAAUACCUGCAAAGAAUCUACUUAUUCGAAACCAGAACCGGAAACCAAAUUCCCUCAAUCACAAUGUACUUCGGAACAAAGUAGUCCUGAAUGCGGUUUCUAUAAACGGCUGAUCACUGAAAACAAAAUAUUGCGCCAGCAUAUUUUAAAAGCUACCUUGGCUGGUUCUCCGACAGGAACUGCAAUUUCCAAAAAAACAUCUGACGGUUCUAUCAAAAUUUUACCUAAUGACGGCACGAAAACAGGCAGUGAAGUUACUAAUAGAAGUAGUGAACAGAUUCCACUAACGACAGAGCUGCGCAGUAUUCUAAAUCUUCCAGAACAAGACGAAACGUUAACUCAAGUACUGGGAGAAUUGUUCUCCUUGGCUUCACCCACGGCAAUGACAGGAGAAUCGAAAGAGCACACGAUGCAGAUACAGCAGUGGCUUAAGCAAAUAAUAUCUGAGACAGAAAUUGAGCCUCUUCAGAAUUCAGAGUUGAUGGAAUUCAGCCAGAUUAAUAACUGAAGCCUUUAAUUGUAGCACAUGAUCUUAUUCACUUUUUAAAAUCUGUCUUAAAAAAUAAUCAUUUGUAAAUUAAUCAUCAUUAUCUUGAAUAUGUGAAUUGUAUUUUAAAUUAUUCGAGGAUGAUAAAAGCAAAAUUCAUCACACCUAGCCACCAGAUAUUAUUAUCACUCUAAAAACGCCUAUAGCAAUCUGCGUUGUGCACGAAAAUGUAACUUUUUCUCUUAUCUUCAAAUAGAUCAGAAUUGCACGGGAAAGAGAAUUAAAUAUUCUAUCAUGUUGCUUUACAAUAACAUUCGACUAAAAACUAUAAAUUUCAAUGAAAUUCGGAAUAAAAAAAUUUAGAAGCUUAACAAAUAAAUAUGUUGCUUAAAUAAUGAAAAAUACGAGUUAGCUAUCAAAAUGUACACUCUAACUUUUAUAUAAUAAUAUUCAAAUGUUAGUAAGCGUACUGUCGCAAAAACAAACAAUAAAUUAAGGAGCAUUCUAAAGAUGACUAAAAUCAGGUUAAGUUACUUCUAAACCUACUACCAUUAAAUUUCAAAAGAGAACAGUAAUAUCGCGCAUACAAGUAUAUUAAUAUCCCCAAUACCAUACGAUAAUUUUUCUUCUGUUAGUAUAAAAUACUGUAAUAAAAACGAACGUUCUGAAGAUGACUCUAACGUCAAGUUGAGUACUCCUAAUUACUAUCAUCAAAAUUCAAAAGAAAAGGGUAAUAUCCCCAUGUGAUGGCGCGACGGAUAUUUAUCGAAAUGCAAGUGACUUGAUCUAACUAACCAAAGUACAUACGAUUUUACUUUUCAAGGGCAAUUUACUUAUUGUCUCAUAUUGAUAUCAAAGAUGUGUAGCUAGCCCAACUUUCUCUUCGAACGAAAUUGCUACAUAAAAAUAAUAUGUGCGUAAAAACUAUUGUACCUUUGUUGUUCAAACAAUCAAUCAGCCUAUAAGUUGCAAUUGUGAUUUAGUUAUGUUUGUUUUGGAUUUCGAUGCAAAAUCCAAAAUUGAUGAUGUCUACGUUUUCAAAUAGAAAAUUCAACGUGCAUUUGUGUAUAUACCGAAAUUAAAUUUCUUCAACCUUGAAGUAAAAUUCUAUUCAAUCAGUAGUAGUUUUAAUAAGAUCAAACGAGUUCAAUCAAGCAGGCAAAACAUCGUAAUCGUAAUAAAUAUAGACUAAUAAGGUUACAAUACAAUAACGUUAUGGUGGAUUUCGAUACAUUUUAAAUACGAUGACAAUACAUAUU